AUCUUAUCACACAGCAAAACAAAACAAAAAAUUGCUGAGAUGUGGUAUUGAUUGGAUUGUAUAUAUUGAUCGUCUUCUUUUUUAUGGUAAAUGCUUUUCUUUAGAUAUUUAAACCAUUUCGAAUUCAAGAUUAAUCAUACCACUCUUAUUGUUGUUAAGGGCAUCAAAUAUACCAAAAAUGCUCCAACGCACAUAUUACAACGAGCAAGACAUGAGGAAACGACAAAUUGACACGCUAAAGAUUUUUAAUGAUAACGUUAUAGAAAUCGAUGAAAAUACCGAAUAUCGAGUAGAAUUUGUUGUUGACGGGAAGAACAUGAGUUUGAACGUGAUGUUAAGCCCCGAAUUCCCUACUGAGAAACCUUCAAUAUUUGUCAGUCCAGCUUUUCCUCAUCCCUGGAUUUCCGAGAACAAUGCUCAGGUCGUUGGUGCUCCAGGACUGAUAAAUUUCACCCAGCAUUCAGACUUGGGUCGGGUUGUUCAGGCCAUAAUAAGAGAAUUUCAAAGAACUUUGCCUAAUUUGGAUGAUAAGAGUGAUGCGAGUACUCAGUCUUUUACGAGUCAGUCACUUACGUUUCCUGAGUUGAGUGAACUGACCGUGGACGAGUUGCAGGAGAUAUUGGAGAAUCCAGAUUUACAGGACAAAUUAAUAGAAAACAGUCCACAACUAGUCGAACUAGAAAUGGAAACUGAAGAACUGAUGAACAGCAUCGAACGCAUUGCGCAAGACAACAUAGCUAAGCAACGGUCGCUUGAUGAUCUGAAGACUGAACUGAUAGAUCGUAUCUCCACCAUCGUUCAGAUGAAGAUGGAGUACGAGGAGUUGAACAGGAAGCAUCAGAGGUUAGCUGAGAUGUACGAUCCACACCGUAUCAGGGAUUGCUUGAAAGUGGCAGCGAUGCAAGCGGAUGAGGAUGCCGAGGGGGUGGCCGAGCAGUUUUUGUUGGGUAACAUACCAGUGGAAACUUUCAUAGUGAAGUUUGCUGAGAAGCGAGCUAUAGGCCAAGCGAGGAGAGCCAGGGAGGAGAGGCUAGCGCACCAGCUCGCCCAACUGGACAGGGCGACUACUUAAAUAUACAGACAUACAUACAUAAAAUCACGCCUCUUUCCCGGAAGGGUAGGCAGUGACUACCUCUUUCCAAUUGCCACGAUCUUUGCACACUUCCUUCUCUUAAUUUAUAUAUAUAUAUAUAUAUAUAUAGGUAUAUAAAUUAAGAGAAGAGAAUAUAUAUGUAUAUAUAUAUAUAGUGAUGUGUGGUUCCCGGCAUCCCAAUAAUAAAAAAAAAGAAGAGAAAAGAGAAAAAUUUUUUUUUUCUUUUCUUACCUUGAUGAAUGAUGUAUCAGUUGUUUGUUACCUCACAGAUUGUUAAGGUCAAGUAAAGGAGAGUAAUUCAAAAUGGUCUAAUCUUCGGGAAGAAGUAUUAUUAGUUAAACUAAUUUAUUCAUAUCUUCCAGUGUAAUAAUACUUAAAUGUUUUAUUGUUAGUAUUUGUAUGUGCAAUAAGUUAUUUCAAUUAAAAUGAUGUUCAUAAGUGUUUUUAAUUUUUUGUAUAAGGCGCCAUAUAUGAUUGUAUUGAUUUUGAUAAGAAAUUUACCAAUAUUACCAAUUUUUUUUAGGCAUAAUUAUCGUUUAAUGUAAUAAAAAAGUUAUGUGGUC